AUGUCCAAUCGAGAUUCCAUAUCGCAUAAAGAUGAUCAUAAUAAUGUAAGGGUUGAUAAACAUGUGACAAGUCUUUUUGGUACAACAGAUGAUGACGAUGAUAAUGAAGAAGUUCCUCGUUCACCAUUUAUUCUUACUGGAUUACCCCCAGAACCUCAAGAAGGUAACAUUGAAUAUAAACUUAAAUUAAUCGAUCCAAAUCCAUUUCGACUUGAACAUUUAAUAACACAAAUGAAUUGGCGUUUACAAGAAGGACAAGGUGAGGCUUUAUAUGAAAUUGGUGUUGAAGAUUGUGGUACAUUAAGUGGUGUUAGUGAUGAAGAAUUAGAAGCAUCAUUAGCAACAUUAAAAAAAAUGGCUGAUAGAUUAGGUGCAUCAAUAACAAAAUUAUAUGAACGUAAAUUAGAAAAUGAACGACAUAUUGUUGAAGUACUUGUACGAAAAGUUCCUGAUGAUCAACAUUUUAUUGAUUUACGUGUUGCUGUAUUGGGCACAGUUGAUAGUGGAAAAAGUUCGAUUGUUGGUGUUUGUACACAUGGUGAACUUGAUAAUGGACGUGGACGAGCACGACUUAAUUUAUUUCGACAUUUACAUGAAAUUCAAUCAGGACGAACAUCAUCUGUAACGCAUGAAAUUUUGGGAUUUAAUGAUUUAGGAGAAAGUAUAGAUUAUGGUUGUUGUCGAACAGCCAAUGAAAUUUGUGAUCGAUCAACAAAAAUUAUUACUUUUACUGAUCUUGCUGGUCAUACAAAAUAUAUGAAAACAACAAUAUCUGGUCUUUCUUCUCGUGCUGCUGAUUUUGCCAUGUUAUGUGUUGAUGCACCAUCGAGUGUUGUUGAUACGACUCGAGAACAUUUUUCAUAUGCUAUUACAUUAGAUGUACCUGUUUUUGUUGUUAUUAAUAAAAUUGAUUUAUGUUCAAAAAAAAGUAUUCAAGAAACAAUUGGAUGUUUAACAUAUUUACUUAAACAUGGACAUAGUUCAAUUCAACUUGAAUCAUAUUCUGUACAAAAUGAAGAAGAUCUUGUUAAAGUAGCUGAAAUGUUUGUUGCCAAAAGUAUAUGUCCUAUAUUUGCAGUUUCAUGUGUAACUGGUGAAAAUAUUGAUUUAUUAAAAAAAUUUCUUAAUAUUUUAUCACCAAGAUUAAGUGUUAAAGAACAAGAAAGACUUUCGCAAGCACCGGUUGAAUAUCGAAUUGAUGCUAUUUAUACAAAUAAUUCAUCAGGUACGGCUGUUGUUGGUGGAAUAUUACGAAGUGGUAUAAUACGUGAAGGUGAAAGUUUCUUGGUUGGUCCUCUAUUAGAUGGUACAUUUUUACCAACUAAAGUAACGACUAUUCAGCGAUACCGCGUUCCAAGACGAAUGGUUCGUGCUGGUCAAGCUGCAACACUUAACUUACCUCAAAUAGAAGGUAGUCGAUUACGAAAGGGUAUGGUACUUGUUUCAUCAACAUCUAAUCCUGAAGCAUGUGUUGAAUUUAUGGCCGAAAUUUAUCUUUCUAUGCAUCAUACAAAUACACCAAUACGUAAAGGUUUUGAAACAACUGUUCAAAUUGAAAAUAUUCGUCAAACAGUUUUAAUUAUUGAUAUGGAUAAAGAAGAAUUAUAUGCUGAUAAACAUGCUACUGUAACAUUUCGAUUUCGAAAUCGUUGUGAAUAUGUACUUGAAGGAUCACAAUUAAUAUUUCGAUCAAGUAAUCAAACAAAAGGUAGUGGUCGUGUUAUUAAAGUUCUUUCUCAACAACAACAAUAA